AAAAAAAGAAAGAAAGCAGUAAUGGAGUCACAACAAAACAAGGAACCACCACUCUGCGCUAAUGGCUGUGGCUUCUAUGGAACAAUACAUAAUCGAAAUUUAUGCUCCAAGUGUUAUGAAGAAUACCAACAGCAAGAAGAGAAUGCUUCUAGUUUCUUGCACGAGAAAGUUAAAUGCUCAAGGCUGCUGAAGCGCCAUCAGUGUAGUAUGUUACUAGUAUGUAAUAAAAGCAGCACUUCCUCCAUAGCCCUGCUUUCAUUGGCUGCUGAAACUAUUGUGGAUUCAAGUGAUGAACCUGCUUCAAAAAGCCCAAAGAAUCGGUGCACUAGCUGCAACAAGAGGCUAGGACGAUUAAUCGGUUGCUAGAGAACGUAUAAUGUUGGAGGGAGCAAGUGUUUCUUGGUUUGGAGGUAAAGUUGGGCAUGAAACAACAGCCAACCUAGGGAUGUGGUAUUUAUACAGUGCAUGAUAUUUCCAUAAUGGUUUUUUGUGGUUGAUUGCAUCUUUUAUAACCUUCUAAUUCCAGUCCACUGUCCACGAGAGGGAAAGAAAAAUGAGAAAGAUGCAAAACACGUUUGGCUAACCAACCAUUUCCCUAGGGCUGUCAUUGCAUGCAUUCCAACUGUUUGUCAAUAUGCAAACCCAGUAUUUUCGGACAAGAGCACGCUUCCUAACUAUUGAUAUGCAUACUCUUUUUUCCCCCAACAACUGAACCUUGGCCUCGCAUUUUUCACCUUUCUAAAUGGCGCAUGCAGUGCAUCAUUAACAAUUGGGUUAAUUGCUCAAUUAGUCAUUUUAUAAGGAUUUAAUUUAACCCAAUUAGAGUAUAGUGGUGAAAUUUCACCCCGCCCUAUAGUUCAAGAGCUAAAGUGAGCUUUUGGCCAAGAAUAGAGUUAGCCUAUGAGUGAAGGAAACGGGAAUUUUGUCCAUGUAGAAGGAGUUAGUUUGUUGAUUGCAGGAAGAGAGAGAUAUGAUAAGUAGGAAAGGAAUGUGUAUGAUAUGCUGGCAGCCAAGCCAUUCCUAUGACAAUUCUCCCUUUCUCCCUCAUUGUUGGAUUAUUUAUACGGUGCGGAUCGAUGGCUAGGCUAAUGAAAUGGUGCGGAUAACAAGAUUGAGAAGAGGCAAGCGAGUUGCCACGAAGAGAAGUUAUUUAGUUUAUAUUUCUGCUAUGAAUUGUUAUGAAUUUGUUAGCUUAGCUGGAAUUGUUAGAGUAGCUGUAAUCUGAUUGAUGAUGACCUGAAAAUUUGAUUAUGCGGUAGUUGCGUGGGAAGCUUGUAGAAGCAGAAACUCAUUUUGUAUAUAUACAUAUAGUAUCCUAAUAGAGAUUCAUUCUUAAUUCUUUCAAUUACUCUGCUUAAUUCUUGUUAUCUGUGAUUUGUUAAUUCUUCAUUCAUCAGAGCUACCUGUGAUCUGUUAAUAUUCUUGCUUCUUUCUUGUUUCUUUUCUCGUUUCGAUAAAUCAAUUUCUUCUUCUUCUUCCUCUUUCUUGUUGAUUGAUCAAAAUGGCUAAUAAAGUAACUUUAUAUCAUGAAACCAGUAAUCUUGAAACUGGUGGAGAUGAAACACGCUUGUAGUUACCUCUAACAGGGAGUAACUACUUGUCUUGGAGCAGAUCCAUGGAGAUUGCUCUGAGUGCUAAGGAUAAAUUGGGAUUUAUCGCUGGUAAAUGUGAAGCACCUGAAGCUGGAACAACAGCUUUUGAGAAAUGGAAGAGAGCUGACAGCAUGGUCAUUGCCUGGAUUUUGAAUUCUCUUUCCAAAGAUUUGGCGGAGGCAUUCAUUUAUGCAACCUCUGCUGAAGAUUUAUGGGAAAAGAUCAAGGAGAGGUUUAGGGAAAGCAACGGGCCAUUGAUGUAUCACCUGAAACAUGAGGACCUAGUGACUGAGGAGGUGGCGGCAGUUGGAAAGUUGCAAGGAGGGCUCGACAGACUAAGACAACAAAUCUUUCACUUCUCUAGCUACCCAUAUUAGCUUAAAUAAUUGUACUAUUGUCAAAAAUCAUGUAAUCUCUUCAGUAUCACCGCCUGUAAUAAAAGAUAACUCGUAUGAGCUAUGGCAUUAUAGACUUGGUAAUGCAUCUAGAAAAAAAUUGUUACAUUUACCACAUUUAGGAAUUCAAUUGAGUAAUCAUCAAGUGUGUGAAAUUUGUCCAACUGCUAAACAGCAAGGAAUCUCAUUUUCUAAAAGUCAUAUAUCUACUACAUCUAUUUUUGAAUUAAUACACAUUGAUUUGUGGGGA